UAUCCUUAAAAACCUCUGGGAAGCACUGAAGAUAUUCCUCCCAUUCGGGAUGCAGCGCAGGGAUUCCUAUCAGUUACUAUUUCGUGCGAUAACGUCAGAGCCCGAUUUGCAGGUCUGAUAGCAGCAACCGCUCUGCAGCCUGCAGCCCAGAUAAAAGACCACUGAACCUCCUGAGGGCCCACUUUCACUCAUCAGGCUCUAGAGCACCAGGCUGAGGACAGACUGCUGCCUAUUCAGAGACGCCCUGCUCACCAUGGCCACAGAAGAAAAUGGAGUAUCCGACAGGUCUUUCCUUUUGGGGAAGAAGACGGACCUCAUUGAGGCCAAACGCACCAACGUCACUGUGGGGGAGAGGGACCUCAUCAUCAUUCAUCACCAGGGGACCUUUUAUGCCAUGGACCAGCACUGCUAUCAUGCAGGUGGAUCUUUGUUAAAUGGUGAUAUUGAGGAAUUUGACAGCAAGCUGUGUAUCGUGUGUCCAAAGCACAAGUACAAGAUCAGUCUGGAGGAGGGCGAGGGGCUGUACAAGGCCUCUAAUCCUAGAGAAAAAAACCCGCAGCCUCGCUGGUAUUCCAAAGGCAUAAAGCAGCGAGUACACAAGGUGACUGAGGUGGAUGGGAACAUCUUUGUGACGCUGUCUGAAGUUCCCGGGUGGAUUGAGUCAGACUAUUACCAGACUGAAAAGGGCAGAGAAGAGCUGAAGAAAGCACAAGAUUCAGACACGGCUGAUGGAUCGAAAUGCUAAAUACCUGGCAGAACCUGAGACGAGCUACAGAAUGCGUUAGGAAACUGAGUAUUUUAAGCAUUAAUGCUGUCCAAAUAGUAUAUGUCCAAAUGUUUGUAGACACCUACUCAUCUAAAGUUAUGGUGAAAUCAAGGGUAUUAAAGGGCCCAUAUCUGCAUUUUGUAUUUUCCUCUGAGGUCUUAUAUAAGAUUGUGUAGUGUUAAGACCUAAAACACGCACACACCAUCUAAGCCGCUUCUCCUUCUGGGUCACGAGGGGUGCUGGAGCCUAUCCCAGCUGUCAUUGGGUGAAAGGCAGACAGACAGACAGAUACAUUCACUCACACCUA